AUGCAACACGCGUUGCCGGGAGUUCUCCUGGAGCACGACGCUGAACGGACAUUCCGGGAGCGCGCGGAUGCUUUCGAGGAAAGUGACCAAGUUUUCCUCAACAAAUAUAGGUUGACGAAGGAACUCGUCCGCUGGCUCUGCCACCAGCUUAGGCCCGCGUUGCAACCUAGAAGGGCGACAAGGAGGACGUUGACAGUUGCGGAGCAGAUACUGAUUGCCCUUCGCUUUUAUGCAACGGGCAGCUUUCAGGGGAUGGUUGCUACUGACCGCGAUCUGUCCGUCUCCCAGAGCACAGUCAGCAGGGUGCUGUUUAGAGUGACGAAUGCCAUCGUGCUUCGCCUUGCACCUCUGUGGAUUAAAUUCCCCCUAAGCUCUGCAGAGGUGCACGCGGCAAUGGCUGGUUUCCAGAGGAAGUGGAAGUUGCCCGGCGUAAUUGGCUGCAUUGACGGCACACUCGUCUGCGUCACUGCUCCCUCCGAAAGCAGUGGACAAUAUCAGAAGAGCGCGUUCUUCUGCAGAAAGCAGUACUUUGCACUGAACGCGAUGGUCGUGUGUGAUUCGUCGAUGACAAUCACAUCUCUAGACUGCUCCUUCUCCGGGGGGACGCACGAUGCCUACGUUUGGCGGCACAGCGAGCUGCGAGAGGAGCUCCGCAGCACCCAUUCAUCUAACGUGCGCAAGUAUCUGUUGGGUGACAGUGGUUAUCCCUUGGAGCCCUGGCUCUUGACUCCUUUGCCAGGCGAACAGGAGCCGUCGACACCCGAAGCGCGGUACGGCAGUCGACACCGACGUGCACGCAGCACAGUGGAAAGGUGCAUCGGCCUCCUUAAGGCUAGGUUCCGGUGUCUGCAGCGCUACAGGGGUCUACACUACAGCCCCCAUAGGGCAUCCAACAUUGUGGUGGCUUGCGCAGUGCUUCAUAACAUCUGCAUGCACUGGCGCGCGCCCCCCGCUGAUGCCCAAGGUGAAGAUGACCUCGAAGACGGCGAGGCGAGCGAGGAUUCCACUAGCCACCCUGUGCCCCCUCGCGAAACAGACACUUAUGAGGCAGGUGCUGCGGUUCGAGCACAGUUAAUUGAUGACCUGCGGCGAGCGUGGUGCUGCUUUGCCGGUGUAUUUCCAUGCUACUCGAUCGGCCACCAUAGGAACAGCCUGAGUGCUUCGCCGACUGCUAAGGAAACAGGGAGGAUAUUCUUGAAGUUGUCUGUGGCAUACCCCGGAGAAACCGUCGACAUCAAAGCCGUCGUCGGGAUUCGAACACGAGACACCUCCCGCGGUCUCGGCGCGGAAGCUUAG